UAUUAUUCACCCCUUUUUUCGUUUCGAACCCGAUACCUCUCUGGUUUCUCCGGUGGAUGCCUUUGAAUAUAUAUGAAAAUAUUUAGUUUUAUCUUCAUCUAAAGUUUCAGUGACAUUCUCAUCAUGGCAGAUUCCAUCUGUUCAAGUUCUGACGAAGAGGAAAUAUUAACAUAUAAGCUUAGAAUCCACGACGCUGACAUUUCUGAUUCUGGGAAAUGGCAAUGUGAAGUCAAGGAUAAGUAUGGAACUGUGUCGACAACAUGUGACCUUGACGUAUUCGAAGAAGCUAAACGGCAGUCAUUAGUUUCUGGUAGUGAUAUUAAGGUUGUCCAGAAUGGUACAUUAGUCAAUGGAAAGUCUGCCAAUGGAACAGGUUCUGACUCGGAGGAAGAGAUUUUGACAUAUCGUCUUAAAAUCCAUGAUGCUGAUAUCAAAGAUGCUGGAAGAUGGAAAUGCGAAGUCAAGGAUAAACAUGGAACAGCAUCUACAUCUUGUGAUCUGGAUGUCUAUGAUUCAACUCCUGCUUCAGAAGAACCUAGAUUUCUAAUGAGUCUUAGAAAUGUAACAGCUUUAGAAGGACAGAGUAUUAAGCUGAUAUGUAGAGUCAGAGGUACACCACUCCCUAAAAUUAUUUGGUAUAAAGACGAUGUUCCUAUAUCUAAAGACGAUUACAGCUACCAAGUUCUCUAUCUGAAAGACGGAACCAUCAGUUUAGAAAUAUUUUAUCCUAAGCCUGACAAAGAUGCUGCAGUGUUCAAAUGUGAGGCUCAAAAUGACAAGGGUUUGGUUACUUCUGAGGCCAAGGUCACUGUGCUUUCUAAGAAAAGAGAAGAGUCGAUGUCACGGGACCAUUUGUUGAACCUCUCCCAGUGGAGCAGAGCCAGAAGUGAAACACGUCGUGCAGCAAGUGAAUCCCGUACCUCAAUACGAGCAACAAGUGAAUCACGAUAUUCAUCAUCCAGUUCAUUAAAAUCAUCUACCAAGAAACUGGAAGACUAUUAUAUAAAUAGAAAAACAUCUAAAUAUGGAAAUUAUGAAUGUGACAACAUAGAUGCCAAGUACGAUAUUUAUAAACCAGGGUAUACUCCUCUUAAAUUUCUCAAUACUAAUGAAAUGGAACCAGAAAUCAGGUUGAAGAUAAAAUGGGGCACAAAUGAAGAGUUCUAUUUUCAAGAAAAUCUAAAAAAUAAAUGUAUCUUAGAAGGAUCUCGUGCUUUUUUGAGUUGUUAUCUUGUUGGAAAGUUGCCAAUGUAUGUUCAGUGGUACAAGGAUGGCAAGGCAUUACUGAACAACGUUUAUGAAAGAUAUGGAAUCAGACAAAGAGCAGGACACCUGAGUCUUGAAAUACCAUGCACUGAUUUAGAGGAUACUGGAGACUAUUUAGUGGAUGUCAGGAAUGAACAAGGCAGAUCAAAUUCCUCUUGUUAUUUACAAAUAGAACCCAGAUUUAAACAUGAUAUAGAAUUUGAAAAGCCAACAUUUUUGGAGGGAAUCCGCCAUAUUCAUGUGAAUGAGAGACAGACAGCUACAUUCCAAGUUAUUGCCAAAGGGAAACCUAAGCCAGGAAUUACAUGGUAUAAAGAUGGAAAGCGUAUCCAAGUUACGGAGAAGACUACAAUCCACAAUGGUCAAAAGGGAGGUAGUCUGCUCAUGAUCCACACAUGUGACUUCUCUGAUCAAGGACUGUAUAAAGUAGAGGCCCAUAAUAUGGCAGGACGAUGUUCUGGAUCAGCUAAGCUUUCAGUUUUUGAAUCUGGUACAAGGUUUACAUGUGGAGAAGAUGGAGAUAUAAAGAUUAUUCGCAGAAAAGAUUCUUUAGAAGACGAGGAAAUUGAUACGGAAAAUUUAUCUCGUCAGUCACUUUUAAGUACCAUGGAGGGAGAACAAAGUUCAAUUGUCAACAAAGGUGAAACUGAGAGUUUAAAGGGAUUUGAUGAAAUGGACAUUACUUUAAAAAAGAGCAAGACGGUGACGACUGAUGUUAAUGGAGAUUUGAAAAUUGUUGAAGCUACAAGUAAGAUUGAAACUGUAAAGGGAUUAACUGAAUGUGAAGUAGAUAGUUCAGUCAUUAAAACAGAGCAGAAACAAACUGAAACAAAGACAACCAGUAGAAUUACUACAGAUAUUGAUUCUAAAACUCAAAAGGUUCAAAGCUUGGUUGAUGAACAGGAUAGGUCAGAAAACAUUCACAGAUCAGAGGUUAAAAGUGAAAUUUCUGAGUCUAUGGAACUUAUGAAAAGUUCAGACCUGAAGAUAUCAUCUACAACUAAUUCUUCAUUUAAGAUGUCAGAGAUUUCCAAAACUGAGAAGGCUGACAAAUCAAAUGUUUCAAGUUCAUUAGAUGAAUCUGAAUCAAUUGCAAGUACAGAAAUGUCAAAGGCCAAAUCAGCAAUGUCAGUUGUUCAAAAGUCAACAACUGAAAUAGAAUCAAAUGUCUCUGUAACUGUAGACACAAAACUAGAGGAAACACAAGAUCAGAAUAAUGAGUUGGAGACAAAGAUGGCAGCUAAAGAAAGUGACUCUUUGGAUGGACCAAAAGUUACAGGUGAUCUACAGAGAACUGCAUCAUUUGAAGCAAUAGAAAAAGCCAGAAGGUUAUCAAAAGGGGAUGUCAAAUUAGAAAAAUUAUACUCACCAAAUGCUGAUGGAGGUCUGUUGUCUUCUAAAUUCAUUAAAACAAAUGGUAAACUUAGUAGGGGAUCUUCAAUUGAUGAGUCUGAAAAACCAAGGAGAAAACUAAGUAAAGGUGCUUCUGUUGAGGAUGCAGUCAAUGGAUUGGCAAAUAGACGAUUGAGUAAAGGCUCUCCUGUAGAGGAUUCAGUCAAUGGAUUGGCAAGUAGACAAUUGAGUAAAGGCUCUUCAAUGGAGGAAACAGGUAAUGGAAAAAUACAUAGAAAACUUAGCAAGGGACUUUCUGUGGAAGACACAGGAAAUGGAAGAAGAAAAGAAGUGAUAAGCAAUGAAGGUUCCAUUGAAACAAAAGUCACUCAGAGUUCUUCUGAAAGCAUGGAAAGUUCAAAAGUCACUCAGAGUUCUUCUGAAAGCAUGGAAAUUUCAAAGGUCACUUGUGAAGCAGACCAAAUUUUAACAAAGGCAAACCAACAAACAAAUAUUUCUGAAACAAGUUUAACUGAAAGCAAAGAGACCAAACCUGACGAGUCAAAGGAUGAAACUUUAACAUUAAAGCCAGAGACUGUUGUAACAGAAAUUGUUCCUGAAAAGGCAAACAAAACUGAGGAGAAUGCAUGUGAUUCGAAACAAACAUCAACAGAAAUAACACCAUCGGAAGACAAACCAACAGAGGAGAUUCAGUCAAGAAACAGUAAAAGUUCACAAGAGAUUGUGACCAGUAAAGAUGCUGAAAUUGUAAAGACACAACCAAUUGUAAACAAUGAAAGUGCAGGGGUUGAAAGUUCAACAGAUAAGAAAGAAGUCAAAAGUUCUUCUGAAAAGAUUGAAGACCGAAUUUCAACUGAAGAGAAAGGAGGUAAUACAGACAACAAAGAUUUUACUAGAGAACAAACAAAGGAAUUAGAAGCAAGCUUAAUCGCAGACAUGAAAACAGAUGCACUAGCCAGUCCUGUACUAGCAUUUGAAACUACAUCUGAUAUUAAAUCAAAUACAGAUGAUGCAAAGAUGAAAGGGUCACUUAAAGCAGAAACAAAGUCAUAUGAUAUAGGUGCUCAGAGUUCAAUUGAGGAAUCAAAAGUUGUUGAAACUAUGUCAGAGGUGGCAGUAGAAAGUUCACAGGACAAAUUUUCAUCUGAUGAAGUAGAUGCAGCUGUUCCUAAGGUAACUUUUGAAAGUUCAGAAGGAAAACAUUCAAGUGAAACAAGUAAAUCAAUUGAAAAGACAACUGAAUCUUCAGAAGGAAAACAUUUAGUGGAAACUUCAAACCCUGAAGUAUCAGAGAACAAAUCAUCAAUGGUAACAGCUAAGAAUAAUUCUGAAGAGAAAACAGAAGAAAUGAAUUCUAAUGAAGCAUCAUCUGUCAAACCUUUGAAAUCAGAAAAAGAAAUGUCAAUUGACGUUUUAACCAAAAAGACUGAUUCAGUAUCGAGUAUAGAAGAACAAUUAGAGACAUCAGGUGAAAAAGUAAAGUCAACAAAACAGACUUCAAUGGAAGAUAAAUCCAUGAUUACAAAAGGUCAAGAAAUUGAAGAAAAAUCUUUGUUAAGAUCAUCAGACAAGAUGUUUGUGGGAGGAGAGGAUGUAGAAAUUACUACAGAGGAAGAAAGCAGUAAAACAGAAGAGAAAGAAACCAUCUAUACUACACCACCAAAUAUUGUAAAAUUUCUGCCAAAAGUUGUGGAAAUUAAAGAUGGAGAAACAUUGAAGCUGCAGUGUCUGGUAUCAGGUGAACCUAAACCUAAAGUUGUUUGGCUGCACAAUUCCCAGAGAAUAACAUCUACUUCUGACCACAUAAUACUGACAUCUAAAGAACAAUAUCAUAAUCUGGAGAUAACUAAAACUAAAUUUUUAAGGGAUGCAGGAAUUUAUGCACUCAAGGCAUCAAAUAUUUCUGGUGAGCAGGAAAGUCAUAGUGAAGUUCAAAUUGAGGGAAGUUUGAAAAUAUCAACUGUAGAUAGCAAGGAAGAAUUACUGGUCAAGUCAGCGAGUGAAGAAAUCAGUGACAUAAAGGAAAAAUCAAUUGAUGUUAAAGACAAGAAAAAUUUACAAUCAAAUUUAAAAAAUGUUGAUGAACAGAAAGAUUUUAUAUCAGAUGUUAGUGAGAAGACAGAUUUUAACACGAAGUCUUUAAAGAGUGAAGAUUUAAUCACAAGUUCUUUGAGUGCAGAUAAAAAGAAAGAUUUUGAAGUAGAAGUUGAUAGAGCUUCGAAAAAAGACUUAGACAUCAGUAUGGUUGAAGAUAAAAAGGCAUCUGCAUUGGAUGCCAAAAAUAUUUCAGAGAAAACAUCCUCUAAUGUAAACAAUGACAGCCUAUCCUCUAGAGAUACAUCAACAAAGAUGAGUGGAGACAGAAAAGUUAAUGAAAUUGAAAGAAUUGAAUCGGUCCAGGCAGAGACAUGUAUGACAAAUGCACCUUCAUCUAAGAAAGAAGAACAAAGUGUAGAAUUAAGUGGAAAACCAUAUUUUGCUGUACCACUCCAAGAAGAAUAUUGUCCAAUGGAAAGAGAUGAAAAUGUUAGACUUUAUGUUAAAGUUGGUGGAGAACCAUAUUCACCUGCAAGAUGGUUUAAAGAUGGCGAAGAACUGGAAUCCAAUAGAAGAGUAAUGGUGAACUGGGAUACAGUCACACAAGAAUCUACUGUUGUCAUUAGCAGAUAUAAAUUAAAGGAUGCUGGAGUGUAUGAAUGCCUCAUCCUAUCAGAAACUGGUGCAAUCACAACCAGGACACUGUUGAACUUAAAAAGAUUGGAGACACAGAGAAUAGAGACCAAGUUACCACAUGAGACACCAGACUUAGAUGUUCCAUUGAUAUUAUGGCCUAUCAAGGAUACAACAGUAUACAAAGGACAAGAAGCCUACUUUGAAUGUGGUGUGGACAAGCAGCCUAAUAUUUCUGUCAAAUGGUAUAAAGAUCGAAAGGAAAUUAAACAAAAGAAAAGGAAAUAUAAUUUUACGGAAAGCAAAGGUGUGCAUACAUUAACAGUAGAAGAUGUUCAGGAUGCAGAUCUUGGUAGCUACACAUGUGAAGUAACUAGUACAGAUCGUACAGUGUCUGUUAGUGCUAACAUCUUACUUAAAGCUGAGAAGAAUAAAAGUAUUGAAAUAGGUCCCCCUAAAUUAACAGUAAAGCCUGACAGUUUGAUGGGAGUAGCUGCUGGGGAAACUGCUGUAUUCAAAUGUUGUGCAGAGGCCAAUCCUCCUCCACUUUUCAGAUGGACAAAGGAUAUGGUUGAUAUAAUCCAGUCACCUAGAGUAAAAAUAUCAAUGUCAGACUCUGGAGAAUCUACGUUGACCAUCUCAAAUGCCAUGUAUAGUGAUCGUGGAAUGUAUGUCUGUAUUGUGAAAAACAGAUUAGGCAGAGUUAAAACCAGAACCAGUCUACAUAUUGGUGAUGAAUAUAAAGAAAGAGAUGUGGGACAGUCAGUAAGAAGGGAGACAACCAAUGCAGAUACUGUGAUUGAGAAUAAUGAUAUAAUUACCAAAAAAACUACACUGGAUCUUCUUUCUGAAAAACUUGAUGAAAUAGAUAUUGUUAAAAGAAAAAUAGUGUUGGAAUCAACAGAAAAUACUACAUUUACAUCAGAAGAUGGCAUUGAUAGUGUAGAAAAAAGCAGUAAAUUUACUGGAGAGUUUGAGGUUGAUCUAGACGAGGAAGCAAAAGCUAAAUUGGCAGCAGAGGUAGCUAAAAAAGAUAAAAUAGAGGCGGAAAGGUUCAUCUUACUUGCAGUAAUGGAAGCAGAAAAAGCAAAGACAAUAGCUGAAGAAAAAGUUAAAUUAGCAAAAGAGAAAGCAAAAUUAGUUACUGAAGUAGCUGCAGCAGAUAGAAAUGAAGCUGAGAAAGCAGCUUUAAUAGCAGCAGAGGAGGCAGAAAAAGCUAAAAUAGAAGCAGAUGAAAAAUUAAGAAUAGCUGCAGAGGUAGCAAAGAAAGAUAAAAUAAUUGCUGAAAGAGUAGCAUUACUGAUGGAACAAAAUAGGAUAAUUUCUGAAGAGGCAGAAAAAGCCAGAAUUUCUGCAGAAGAAGCUGUGAAAGCCAAAAUUGUUGCUGAAGAAGCUGAGAAAAGCAGAUUUGUUGCUGAAAAAACUGAGAAAGCCAGAAUUGCUGCUGAGAAUGCCAGAAUUGCUGCUGAGAAUGCCAAAAUUGCUGCUAACAAAGCUGAGAAAGACAGAAUUGUUGCAGAAACUGAAAAACAAGAAGAAACACCUAAACCUAAAAAGAAGAAUCACAGACUGACAUUUGAAGAAGCUGAGAAACUCAGGCUUGAAGCAGAAGUUGAGGAUGGUUAUGGAAAUGCAGAAAAUGAAUUGUCAGAGAAAGACAGAAAUGAAGUUACAGAACAAGUUGGGGGUGCCAGAAUUGCUGCAGAACCAGAGAAAGGUAGAAAUGCCCUAGAAGAAGCAGAAAAAGCAAAAAUUGCUGCAGAGGAGGCAGAUAAAGCAAGAAUUGCUUCAGAAGAGGUAGAAAAAGCUAAAAUAUCUUUAGAAGAAGAAAAAGCUAGAAUUGGUGGAGAAGCUGAAAUAGCCAGAAUUGCUACUAAAGAAGCUGAGGAAGCCAGAAUUGCUGCUGAAAAAGCUGAGGAAGCCAGAAUUACUGCUGAAGAAGUUGAGAAAGUCAGAAUUGCUGCUGAAGAAGCUGAGAAAGCCAGAAUUGCUACUGAAGAAGCUGAUGAAACCAGAAUUACUGCUGAAGAGGCAGAGAAAGCCAGAAUUGCUGCUGAAGAAGCUGAGAAAGCCAGAAUUGCUGCUGAAGAAGCAGAGAAAGCCAGAUUUGCUGCUGAAGAAGCAGAGACAGCCAGAAUUGCUGCUGAUAAAGCUGAGAAAGACAGAAUUGCUGCAGAAACUGUAAAACAAGAAGAAACACCUAAACCUAAGAAGAAGAAACACAGAAUGACAUUUAAAGAAGCUGAAAAAAUCAGACUUGAAGCAGAAAUUGAGGAUGGUUAUGAAAAUGCAGAAAAUGAAUUGUCAGAGAAAGACAGAUAUGAAGUUACAGAACAAGUUGGGGAAGCCAGAAUUGCUGCAGAAGCAGAGAAAGCUAGAAUUGCCCUAGAAGAAGCAGAGAAAGCACGAAUUGCUGCAGAGGAGGCAGAUAAAGCAAGAAUUGCUGCAGAGGAGGCAGAUAAAGCAAGAAUUGCUGCAGAAGAGGUAGAAAAAGCUAAAAUAUCUGUACAAGAAGAAGAGAAGGCUAGAAUUGCUGCAGAAGCAGAGAAAGCCAGAUUUGCUGCUGAAGAAGCUGAGAAAGCCCGAAUUACUGCAGAAGUAGCUGAGAAAGCCAGAAUUGCUUCUGAAGAAGCUGAGAAAGCCAGAAUUUCUGAAGCAAAUGAAAAACACGAAGAAACAUCUAAACCUAAGGAAAAGAAACACAGAAUGACAUUUGAAGAAGCUGAGAAACUCAGGCUUGAAGCAGAAGAUGUGGAUGGUUAUGGAAAUGCAGAAAAUGAAUUGUCAGGGAAAGACAGAAAUGAAGUUACAGAACAAGUUGGGGAAGCCAGAAUUGCUGCAGAACCAGAGAAAGGUAGAAAUGCCCUAGAAGAAGCAGAAAAAGCAAAAAUUGCUGCAGAGGAGGCAGAUAAAUCCAGGAUUGCUGCAGAAGAGGUAGAAAAAGCUAAAAUAGCUGUAGAAGAAGAAAAGAAAGCUAGAAUUGCUGCAAAAGCAGAGAAAACACGAAUUGCUGUAGAAGAAGCAGAAAAAGUUUCAUUUGUUGCUGAAUCAGAUAAGAUAAGACUUCCUGCUGAGGCACAGGAAAAAGAAAAAGAUUCAAGGGUGAUGCCAGGAGCAGAUGAAAUGUUGAACAUAACCAGAAGAAAGAAGAAACAUAGAAUGACAUUUGAAGAAGCUGAGAAUCUGAGGCUUGAGUCAGAGACUGAAGAUCUUGAACUGUCAAUGAACAAAAAUAACAUUCCAGACUCUACGAUUACUGUCAAUACAAGUAUAGUGAAAUCUAAGAGUUCAAGUAGUUCAUUACAGUCUAUGAACAUAUCUACAGAAGAAACAUUUGAAUUGCAAAGACAGACAGCUGUUUCAAUGACUUCAGAAAGUAUAGAAGAAGUAGAUGGAGCUGGAUUAUCUAAAAUGUCAGCCAAAUCAGUUCAGAAGUUGGAGUCGAGUCAGGCAAAUGUUUUGGAGACAGCUGGGAAAGGUCAAAUUUGUGAAUUAAAGCAGUCCUCAGUGUCUCCAAUUGACUCCACACAACAAGAUGUAGCUAAUCAGAUAAGACAUCAGCUUCAAAAGCAGUUAUCAGUUGGUGGAAGUUCAUGUGAGAUUUUAGAAGUUUCAACUCGGCGUGUCACCAAAUCAACAGCAGAAGCUCAUACUGUUGAACACAGUGUUUCACAUCAUCACAUUCAUCAUCCACCGGAAAUUAUUGUCCGUCCUGAUUCCAAGCGUGUUCCAUUACACAGUGAAUUAGAGAUCACAGUACGAGCCAGAGCUUCAAAACAUGCUAGGGUCAGAUGGGUUCAUGACGGUGAAACUGUUACUUUUAAAGGGCAGCAUUAUGAGUUGAUUACAGAAGAAGAACCCAUAAAAGAAUGAAAACAAUAGUUUUAAUUGUUUGUAAAUAGUAGGAAAUAAUAAUUUAGAAUUACUUCUGUGAUAAAUUAUUACUUUGUUAUACGUGUGAUAUAAAUGUGGUGUCUGUAGUGUAAUAUGUUAAAUGAGAACUUCCCUAAGUUUGAGCACAAUAUAAUAUAGCAUAUGAAAAAUAGUUUUUCAAAUAGUUAGAAAACAAAACGCUUUUUUCGUAACAAGAAAAUUCUACAUUUGUCAGAUUUUACUGUAAAUGAUCAUUACAACAAAAGGUGUGUGAGUAUACAAUUAUUUCGAGUUUCAAAAUUUUCAUUUAUAAAAUUAUUUGAAGAGAGGACAGACAUGAUUGUUAUUGGGUUGCUUACAAAAUCAUUCCCAUAUAUACAACCUUCUUGGACUAAAAAUUUGUAAGAAUUAGAAAACACUUCCAAAACUCAAUAUUCAGAAAUAUUUGUAAACUUUAAUAUGUGUUUAUUGUAUAAAAAGGUUUUGACAUGAAUGUUUUAUAGUAUGAUGUUAUUACAUUUUAUAGAUUACACUGGUAAUAUUUAAGGUUGUUCUAUUAUGUUUAACAAUUAUAUUAAUGUCCAUCCUCUAUUCCCAUUUGAAGGGUUUAUGGUAUCUAAGUCCUUUCUCAAAACUCAUUUCCAGAAUCAUGUUCCUUUACUUUGAAAUUAUGAUUUGAAGCAACUUAUUUCAUUGGCUGGCAAGAACUGUGAUUUUACAAUAAAACCUUAUUGAUAAUGACCUCUAACUAUCAAGAAAAAAUGAAUAUAAUAAAGAGAGUAAAAUUGGUAGAAUCCAUUACUGUAAUAAUUAUAGAAAAACUUUGAGUAUAAUAAUAAGAAUAGAUUUGCAGGAAAUCUUAAGCAGCAAUUUGAUAAAUGUGUGGCUUAUCAAAAAGUUAUCAAACCAGUUAGAAAAUGUUAUAUUUUGUUGAUAUGAAUAUUGUAACUUUUUAACAAUAUUUUGCUGCAAAUAUGCUUUUAUUCUAUCUCAACUUUAUGAUAUUAAAAUGAUUGUAAUUUUCUAACCUUUCCACUGUAGCUUUGAAUUGCAAUAAACCAGCAUUUCACUACUUAUAAAGGGAGAUAACUUGUUUCAAAUUAUAUCUUUAGAGCCUAAGAUUUGUGAUACUAGUUGUGAGUCUCAGGAAAGGAAUAUUUUCUACAGGUUACUCCUAUAUAUCAUAGAUUUAACUGUAUCAUGUUAUAGUACAUGAUUAUAUUAUUCACCAGUUGUUUUGAUUUUGAUGGUUUAACUUCAUAUAAUAACAUGAUAUUAAUGUACACCUGAUAUUCUGAUGUUGAUGGGUUGUUGUCUCCAAUGAAUGGCAAUAAAAAUAAAUUUAG